AUGGUAACGAUUAUCAUCUGUGUAUACACGUUUGUCGUCUACACUUCAUCUGCAAUCUAUACUACGUCAGCGGAGGGCGUGAUGCACGAGUUUGGCGUCAAUGAAACCCGUGCCGCUCUGGGGCUUGCUCUCUUCGUCCUUGGGUACGGCAUUGGCCCAUUGCUCUUCUCGCCUCUGAGUGAGCUACCGUCAAUUGGCCGCAACCCAGUCUACACAUGGACCAUGUUCCUUUUCGUGAUUGUGUCGAUACCAACCCCCUUCGUCACAAACUACGAGGGACUCAUGGUACUGCGUUUCUUGCAGGGUCUCUUCGGCUCGCCGUGUCUUGCCAAUGGCGCCGCCUCGCUCGCGGAUAUGUAUUCUAUGGUCUCGGUGCCCUACGCCCUGAUCGCCUGGGUGUCCGCCGCUUAUUGCGGGCCUGCACUCGGACCCCUGCUGUCCGGCUUCUCGGUGCCCGUGAUGGGCUGGCGGUGGUCGCUCCUCGAGAUCCUCUGGGCUUCCGUCCCUGUCUUCUUGGUCAUGUUCCUCUUCCUGCCGGAGACCUCGACGCCCACGCUCCUGCUCCAGCGCGCCCGGCGCCUGCGCAACCUCACCGGCGACCCGCGCUUCAUGUCCCAGUCCGAGAUCGAGCAGCGCAGCCUCGACAAGCGGGCCGUGAUCAUAGAUGCUCUGAUCAAGCCGCUCGAAAUCACGAUCAAGGACCCCGCGAUCCUGUUUGUACAGGUCUACAGCGCCAUCAUCUACGGCAUCUACUAUUCCUUUUUCGAGGUGUUUCCGCUUGUAUACCCCGUCUACUACGGCAUGGACUACGGCCAGAUCGGGCUCGUCUUUCUGUGCAUCCUGGUCGCCUGUCUGAUCGGCGUCGCCGUGUACAUCUCGUACCUCUACUUCUAUCUCAACCCACGCAUCGCCGCCAAGGGCUUCCCUGUUCAGGAGUCGCGUCUGACGCCGGCCUUGAUCGCCGCAUUCGGCCCCACGAUUGGACUGUUCAUCUUUGCAUGGACCGCCAGACCUGAUAUCCACUGGAUCGUGCCGACAAUCGGCAUCACGAUCUACGGUGCGACCGUCUUUGUCAUCAUGCAAUGUAUCUUUGUGUACGUUCCGCUCAGCUAUCCUCAGAAAAGAACACCUUUGCUGGGACAGAUUUGUGAAGAUACUGGUUCAUGA